GUUAGAAGCAGACGAGUCUCUGUCCCUCGAGAGCCACCUCGCGGCGUUGAUUCGCCUCAAGCCGCGCGCGGCGGCCGCCUUGAUGCCGGACAGUCUACUGGACUCCGUGGCGGACAAACUGGAGCCUGCUUGCGAACGGACGCUGGAGUUCGGAGAGUGUUUAUUGGAGACUGGCCGGUUAAAGGGCGAUGCUGCCGCUGCUCACUUAAAAGCGCUGUGUGUUCUCCGGCCGGACGACGUGAGCGAUUUCCUCCAACGGAACCCGGGCGUCGUGCGGCCCGAGGAUGCUCUCAACAUCGUGCGAGCGGCUAAACUGGGCGCAGCCGAGGCGCUGUGCUUGGAGGCCGCCGGCGACCCCGCCGCCGCGCUCGAGGCCAUGCUGCGAGGCCUCGCCAGUGCCGACCCGGACGCUGCGGCGCGGUAGGUAAUGUUUGUGCUUGUGAUUAUACAAUACUGUGAGGGUUGCUUUGUCUAACUGGGCGCGGCCGAGGCGCUGUGCUUGGAGGCCGCCGGAGACCCCGCCGCCGCGCUCGAAGCCAUGCUGCGAGGCCUCGCCAGCGCCGAUCCGGACGCUGCGGCGCGGUAGGUAAUGUUUGUGCUUGUGAUUAUACAAUACAGACAAUACCGACCCGGACGCUGCGGCGCGGUAGGUAAUGUUUGUGCUUGUGAUUAUACAAUACUGUGAGGGUUGCUUUAUUAAGCUGGGCGCGGCCGAGGCGCUGUGCUUGGAAGCGGCCGGCGACCCCGCCGCCGCGCUCGAGGCCAUGCUGCGAGGCCUCGCCAGCGCCAA